AUGCCCAACCGCGAUCAGUGUACUUGGAAUUCGAUGGUUUCGGGAUUUGCACAGCAUGAUAGGUGUGAAGAGGCUUUGAAUUAUUUUGCUUUGAUGCACAAAGAAGGCUUUGUGCUCAAUGAAUAUACUUUUGCUAGUGGUCUUAGCGCUUGUUCCGGUUUAAAUGAUAUGCAUAGAGGUGUACAGAUACAUUCUUUGGUUGCGAAAUCGCCUCGUUUGUCAGAUGUUCAUAUAGGGUCUGCUCUUGUUGAUAUGUAUUCCAAAUGCGGAAACGUAGACGAUGCUCAGAAGGUUUUCGAUGAGAUGGGUGAUAGAAAUGUUGUAACUUGGAAUAGUUUGAUUACAUGCUACGAACAAAAUGGUCCUGCAGCGGAAGCUCUCAAAGUUUUUCAUGUGAUGUUAGAAGCUAGUGUUGAGCCAGAUGAGGUUACAUUAGCAAGUGUGGUUAGCGCCUGUGCGAGCUUGUCUGCGAUUGAGGUUGGUCAGGAAGUUCACGGCCGUGUUGCUAAAAACGAUAAGUUAAGGAAUGACAUAAUUCUAAGCAAUGCUUUUGUGGAUAUGUAUGCAAAGUGCGGUAGAAUAAAAGAAGCUAGGUUCUUAUUUGAUAGCAUGCCUUUCAGAAACAUAGUCGCGGAAACCUCCAUGAUCAGUGGGUACGCGAUGGCUGCGAGCACUAAGGCUGCUAGGCUCAUGUUCACCAAGAUGACCGAGAGGAAUAUUGUUUCAUGGAAUGCUCUUAUCGCUGGCUAUACUCAAAACGGGGAAAACGAAGAAGCACUUAGUCUUUUUGUUCUCUUAAAGAGGGAAUCAGUAUGCCCAACACACUAUACUUUUGCGAAUAUCCUCAAGGCAUGUGCAGAUCUUGCGGAGUUACAUCUCGGGAUGCAGGCUCAUGGGAUUGAAACAUGUAGUUUAUUAGAUAUGAUGGAAUCACUGGAAAAGAUAUUUUGCAUAAGCAACAGUUUCUUUUACAUGUUCGGCUCCUCUACGAAGUAA